AUGACGAUCCCAAUCCAACCUUACUUCUCUUCUCCUAUCCAACCUUACUACUCUUCUCCUAUCCAUCCUUACUUCUCUUCUCCUAUUCAUACUUACUCCUCUUUUCCUAUCCAACCUUACUCCUCUUUUCCUAUCCAUCCUUGCUCCUCUUCUCCUAUCCAACCUUACUUCUCUUAUCCUAUCCAACCUUACUCCUCUUCUCCUAUCCAACCUUACUCCAUUUCUCCUAUCUAUCCUUACUCCUCUUUUCCUAUCCAACCUACUCCUCUUAUCCUAUCUAACCUUACUCCUCUUCUCAUAUCCAUUCCUCUUCUCCUAUCCAACCUUACUUCUCUUAUUCUAUCCAACCUUAUCUCUUAUCCAACCUUUCCUAUUCUCCUAUCCAACCUUACUCCUAUUCUCCUAUCCAACCUUACUCCUAUUCUCCUAUCCAACCUUACUCCUCUUCUCCUAUCCAACCUUAAUCAUAUUCUUCUUUCAAUCCUAUCCAACCUAACUCCUAUUCUCCUUUCCAAACUUACUCCUCUUCUCCUAUCCAACCUUACUUCUCUUAUCCUAUCCAACCUUACUCCUCUUCUCCAAUCCAACCUUACUUCUCUUCUCCUAUCCAACCUUAAUUAUAUUCUUCUUUCAAUCCUAUCCAACCUAACUCCUAUUCUCCUAUCCAACCUUACUCCUCUUCCCCUAUCCAACCUUACUUCUCUUUUCCUAUCCAUCCUUACUCCUCUUCUCCUAUCUAACCAUACUCCUCUUCUCCUUUCCAACUGUACUCCUAUUCUCCUAUCCAACCUUACUCCUCUUCUCCUGUCCAUCCUUACUCCUCUUCUCCUAUCCAACUGUACUCCUAUUCUCCUAUCCAACCUUACUCCUCUUCUCCUAUCCAACCUUACUCCUCCUCUUCUAUCCAACCUUACUCCUCUUCUCCAAUUCAACCUUACUUCUCUUCUCCUAUCCAACCUUAAUCAUAUUCUUCAUUCAAUCCUAUCCAACCUGUUCCUCUUCUCCUAUCCAACCUUACUCCUCUUCUAUUAUCCAACCUUACUUCUCUUAUCCUAUCCAACCUUACUCCUCUUCUCCUAUCCAACCUUAUUCUUCUUCUCCUAUCCAACCUUAUUCUUCUCCUCUCUCCGGUUCCUUGGCUCUCAUUGGCCGAAGCUGAAUGCUACGAGCAACGUGAUUGGUGGAGAGUCGGCUAGCCGAGAGUUCUACACCAAUAGAAGAUUCGCAAAACUGGAGAUAUCUUCAAGCAACGAAGAACAGAAAGUGAUCGAAAACAGAAAAUGUGAUAAAAAAUGCCAAAAAGAAGAAGAAUAUCAGGAUGUUAUGGGAACAGGAGAAUGUUAUGGGGACAAGAGAAUGUCAUGGGAACAGGAGAAUGUAGGAGGAACAGGAGAAUGUAGGGGGAACAGGAGAAUGUAG